AUGGAUGCUAAAGGGAAUAAAAUCGUUGUUUGUGACAACGGUACUGGGUUCGUUAAAUGUGGUUAUGCGGGCUCCAAUUUUCCUUCCCAUAUAUUCCCUUCCAUUGUUGGCCGACCGUUAAUUCGUUCCAGUUCGAAAGUUGGUAAUAUCGAAAUCAAGGACUUAAUGGUUGGUGAUGAAGCCAGUGAAUUACGAUCAAUGCUGGAUAUAAACUAUCCUAUGGAUAACGGAAUUGUCCGAAAUUGGGAUGAUAUGAAACAUGUUUGGAAUUAUACAUUUGAUAACAAGUUGAAAAUAGAUGCAAAAAAAUGCAAGAUUUUAUUAACCGAGCCUCCUAUGAAUCCCAUGAAAAAUAGAGAGAAAAUGAUUGAGGUAUAA